AUGAUAACUAUAUAUUAGUAUAUUGUUAACUAUAAUAUAUACUCAUAAUUUAUCAAGGAUGGAAACCAAGUCUUUUAUGUCUGUCUUCUUUUCUUGUGCAAUGGUUAUUAUAUUUGUUGUGGCAAUUGAGUCAUCCAAAGAUGAGAAACAAUUUGGUGAAACAAAAGAAUUCCAAAAUAAAAUUGGAUUCGAUUGUAGAAAACCUUGGACCACUUGGCAUGAUUUUCCAAAUAAUCGUAGGCGUGGUAAAGGAGGCAAAAAAGUUGAAAUUGGCUCAUGUGGAACGGGCUCAAUAGGAAAGAAUGGUGAAGAAGGCGCACAAGGCGGGAGUGAGCAAAAUGGAGGUGAAAUUGACAUAGGAAUUAAGCCAGAAGGAGAACAAUAUAAUAAAAUAAAAGGGUUAGGGGUAUAUCCAUGAAAACCAGAUACAUUAAUGUACUAUGUAAAAUAAAAGUACUAAUGUUUUUUUUACUCCAUGUAUGAUCUACAAUAAGAGGAAUAAUUUUCUUAAUGUAGUAUUAUUUUCACCUAUAUCCUUAGAUUUAUAUAUUCUUAGACUAUACAUGAUAUAUUUGUGAAACUAUGCUAG